AUGUUAACUAAAAGUGCAAAAGGCAACUAAUUACAUCAAACAAUCACUACAGUAUCAAUAACAUAAUAAAAUCUAGAUAAAUUAUAGAUCAAUAAUCAAUUCAGAGAAGAGAUAAGAUGACAUACCUUAAUAUAUGAAUGGAAGAUGUAAAAUAAAACUACGCAAAGAAAAGAACUAAUUACCUUAUUUAAAUAUAAGAGAACCUUCUUUACCAACAUUGAAAUCACCUGUUAAUAAGUAAUAACAACUAAACAGCAUGAGUUGGAUUUCAUUAAUUUAAGUCUAAAAUAGACCAAGAGAUAAGUCUAUUUCUAUUGCAAAUGAAACAUAUUUUUAAAGAACUAGAUAAGUUAGUUUUAUAGAUAAUCUUCUUAAAUAACUAAAUAAAAAUAACAGAUAAUCUUGA